AUGUCGCCAGGAGUUCAGCCCAAUUUAGACAAUAUGUUUCUUGCUCAAACUGCACAAUCUGAUUAUGAGGAACUUUGUCGCAUGGAUGUUCUUGGUAUUCAAGACACACCAUCUGGAGACCAGAAAGUUGUACAUGAAGAGUUUUUGGAACAGCUUCGGCGUGAUCCUGUACAUGGGUGGUAUGAGACUGGCCUCCCUUGGAAAUGAGGCCAUCCGCCUUUGCUCUCAAAUGAGGAGAACAGUUUGAAACGUUUGGGACCUUGGUGCAGCGAUUGAAGAAAACGGAUAAAUUCGAUGAAUACAAUUCAAUUAUUCAAGAUCAACUGGAAGAAGGAGUUGUUGAACCUGCAAAUGAGCAACCAACUGGAACUGUGUUCUAUGCAACGAGAUUUCACUGGUUGGAAGAUAAAGAUCCCCAGCGUAUUUGCCCUUUGAGAUUCACUUGAGCACUGUUCGGCAUGGGACCAUCACCAUUCCUGUUGGCAGGAGUAUUACAAUGUCAUUUGAAUGCGAGUAAAGAGAAGUACCCUAAGCAUGCUGAAGAAAUAGAGAAAGAAUUGUAUGUCGAUGACUUGGUAAUCGGAGGGACUUCAGUGGAAGAAGUGCGUGAGAAAAAGGAAGCCUCAGUCGAAAUAUUUAAAGAAGCAUCAUUCCAUUUACACAAGUGGCAAUCAAAUGUCAAAUCGAACAUCGGACAGUAGUGAUGACACAAGUUUUGCAAAACAACAAUUGGGCAACGAAUCGAAAGCAGGCAACCUCCUUGGUUUGAAACGGGAUAAAAAAGCAGGCACAAUUGAGGUUACUAUUCCCUCUGACGAAGUAGCUCCCACCAAAAGAGGUAUUCUUGGUAAAGUAGCUCGAAUCUAUGAUCCACUUGGCCUCAUAGCUCCCACAGUCCUACAAG